AUGGUAAUGGGAAGAGUUCGUGCAACGUCUUAUGUAAGACGUACUAUUUCUCAACCCUUAAAUAAAAAUAUGCCACCAACUAAGAAAUUUAAAAAUUCGAAUAUUUUAAAUGAUAAUAAUUUAAUAAGAAAUAGAAAUUUGCAUUUACAGUUAUUAUGUAAUCAAGUAACACCAAGUUUAUAUGAUGAAGAUAUGGACAAAAAUUAUGAUUUUGAAGUAGCAUCUUUUUAUUCUCCAAGAAAAAGUGAUAUUAUAGGAUUAUACAAUAUUUUAAAUACUAAACUAAAUAUAUUUUUAAUAUUUGUACCUAUAGGAAUAUUAAGUUCUUUACUAGGUUGUAAAGAUAUAUAUAUUUUUUUUUUUAAUUUCAUGGCUUUAAUACCUUUAUCUGCACUUAUGGGAAAUAUAACAGAAGAUUUAGCUUUACAUACAGGAGAAAUAAUUGGAGGUUUAUUAAAUGCUACAUUUGGUAAUUUAAUGGAAAUGAUUUUUUCUAUACAAGCUUUAAAUGCAGGAUUAAUAAAUGUUGUUCAAGGUACUUUACUAGGUAGUAUUUUGUCUAAUCUACUUUUAGUAUUAGGUAUGUCCUUUUUUGCUGGUGGACUAUAUCACCACGUACAAAAAUUUAAUGAAAAGGGAGCAACAUGCAGCACUUCUCUAUUACUGCUUUCCAGUUUGGCAAUAACUAUGCCAACUGUAUCUUCAAUUACUACUAAUAACAAUAGCGAAGUAAUUUUGAAAGUUUCAAGAAUAACAGCUGUUUUAAUAUUUUUAACAUACUGUUUAUUUCUCUUAUUUCAAUUAUACACACAUAUCACUCUGUUUCAAGAUAAAGAAAUGACUGAAGAAAUUCCUCAGUUAUCUAUAGUAUCAGGAUCUCUUUUUUUAGUUUUAGUUACUAUUUUAGUAAGUAUUCAUUCAGAAUAUCUUGUUAACACUAUUGAAUCAGUUAUAAAAUAUUAUAAUAUAUCAGAAAAUUUUAUAGGGGUUAUUCUUUUACCUAUUGUUGGUAAUGCCACUGAGCAUUUAACAGCUGUUACUGUUGCAAUCAAAAAUAAAGUAGAUCUAACCAUGGGUGUAGCAGUAGGCUCAUCUGCUCAAAUUGCCCUAUUUGUUGUACCAGUAACUGUUUUAUUUGGAUGGAUAUUAAAUAAACCAAUGACUUUAGCGUUUUCACCCCUAUCAACAGUUAUUUUAGUCAUUUCUGUUAUUGUCACAAUGGCAAUUGUACAAGAUGGAGAAAGCAAUUGGUUAGAGGGAGUUUUAUUAAUUUCAGCUUAUCUGAUCGUUGGUGUUGUUUUUUGGUUUGAUACAACAUAA